AUGGCCAAAUUUUUCCGAGUACUCUGGUCUCUUUUGUUCUUCAUUUGGAUACAUUUGGUAUCAGUUUUAAUUUCAGGCCCUCGACAAUGGUGGCCACCACAUGGAAUUAUGAAGAUCAAAUGUCCUCAUAAGAAAAUGAACUUGUGUUGGUUCAGUCAAAGACCUGAUCCACGCCCUGACUUAAAACAACCCAUCUCCGGCAACAAUUUCGUAACCUAUGACAAUCCCUGCGUCUUGUGUCUUGAGAGCUUGAAAUCUCAUGGAAGAAUAGUUUCACCAUGA